AUGGUCAAUGCAGCUGUAGUGACAAUCUCAGAGCAGCCUCUGCACCACAGCCAUUUCCAGCAUGAAGAUCAUUGGUGGUCUCCUUCUGCUCUGUACAGUGAUCCAUUUCUACAGCAGCUCAGAAGCUGCUAGUUUGCCUUUAACAACAGUGGACUGCAGCAUUUACAAGAAGUAUCCAGUGGUGGCCAUCCCCUGCCCCAUCACAUACCUGCCAGUUUGUGGUUCUGACUACAUCACCUACGGGAAUGUAUGUCACUUGUGUACUGAGAGCUUGAAAAGUAAUGGAAAAGUUCAGUUUCUUCAUGAAGGAAAUUGCUAAAUUCUCCAUGGACAUGGAUAGAAAAGAAUGAUAUCAUCAUCAUCAUCUUCCUCAUCUCCAGGCUCUGAUUGACUUUCUUUCAGUUUUACUGAUGUUCUGCGUCAGGGACAGAGCCAGAUUCAGAGUCAUCUUGAUUGAAUGGAGAAAGUUUCUGUGAUACCCCUACAAAUGCAUGCCUUACUGACAGACUGGCUUCUUUUUUUUUUUAUUUAACACAUCAAUAAAAUAACUAAUUUCCCAGAAA